AGCUGUUUGCUGUUCCACUGCGCGCCAACAUGCUGUGUAUGCAAAAAAAGCAUAUGAGCUGAGCAUCGCCAAUGACACCAAUCAUUCGUCGAUGUCGUGCACGGACGCCUGUUGCAUUGACACCCAUCCUGGUCUUGUGCCUUUGCUUGCUAUGGCACACAAUUCAGACCUGGUUUGGUGAUGGUUCCAAUUUCUCUUUGAUGGCGCCCAAGUCCUAUCGUGGCAUUGUUGCCACUCCUUCACAUCACCAUAGGAUUACCUUGAACAUGUUUCUUCAUGAUGUUGCCAUUAUCAUGCUUUUUUGCAGCUGUUGGCUACGCAGCGGCGUAUUCUCAACAAAGAUGGCUUUGUGUGCCACAUGCUGUAGAAGAAAUUGCACCUGGCCCACCCAGCCCGCAGAAUGGGGCUUUGUUAGCAGCUGGGCUCUAUGGGGCGAAUAUCGCCUACAAUGUGAUCAACAAGCGCGUGCUGCUGGCCCAUCCACAUCCUUGUUUGGUCACCGGCAUCAAUUUGCUCUCUUCAUCACUUUGCUGCAUAGCGUGCUGGAUGUUUGGUGUUAUGCGUUUUCCUCGCACAUUGAAUUGGUCUUUCUACUUGAAGUUGAUGGGGUUGGCAGUGCUACAUUGGAGCGGCAUGCUGUUCUCCAACAUCUCAGUAUCUGAAGUGCACAUCUCUUUCACUCACACCGUCAAGGCCGCCGAACCCUUUUUCACUGCGGUUUUCACUGCGGUGCUCAUUGGGAACAAGCCCACCAUCCGCGCUUGGAUGAGCUUGUUGGUGGUCAUUGCGGGCAUUGUGGUCGCUUCCACUGCUGAGAUCUCGUUUACUUGGCGUGGCUUUUGGGCGGCCAUGAUGCCCAACGUGGUGGUGGCAUUGAGGACUGUUCUCACGAAGAUGGCCAUGGACCGACACGUUCUUGAACCCUUGAAUUUCCAAGCUCUUCUGCAGUGUGCGGCAUUCAUCGUUUCAAUCCCCGUAGCCCUGCUCUUCAAUUUGCAUGCGGUGCGAGAAAUCGCACAGGACACAGCGGCUUUGCCUUCAAUACUCCUGAUAGGACCACUGGUUUGGACCUUCAACGUUGCAUCGAUUGUGAUUCUCGUUCACACCACUACGGUUGUGCACUCAAUGAUCCGAUCAAUGCGGAGACCUCUACUGGUUCUGGCGUCCAUCAUCACGUUUGGAACUAGCAUCACUCAUUUGAACGCGCUCGGGAUCAUGUUCACGCUCUUCGGCGCCUUCUGGUAUCGCUAUGAAAAUGAGAUGGUGAGAAAUGGUCAAUCUGGAUCACUCUCCAAGAUCCCCCCGACAAACCUCAGACAAGCUGAGGCAAAAUGCAAUCCCAUAAGGCCAUGAGGCAAUCGACUUCAGGUCCACCAGGAUGCCAUGCUUCACCCAAUGUGUGAGACGACUUGCUUUUAGAGACAUUUUCAAUCCACCUAGGUCACUCAGUGACUUAGUACACACCUAGGUCUCAGUCUGCCUCAUCUGACUCUUUUCCCAACUUCUGUCAGAUGAAGUUCCAUGAAUUUUUUGUGAAAUCUUGCAAUGCGUUUGCAAAAUGGUGCUGGAACAGCACAAACCCAAAACGAACAGCACAGCGCUGCAGUUUCACAGCCUCUUUGAGGCAACGAGGCCUCAGCGGUGAACUCUCGACCCAUAGAGCUGCCAAUUGGAGCUUGACGGAGUGGUUCCAUGUUCGGUAAGCCUAGCAUGUACUUGGCUUUGACCAUUCAAAGAUCAAAAUAAUUUUAU